AUGGUGAUCAGGCACAGUUUAACCGGCUGUCCUCGAAAAGCCCUAUAUGUCUCUCCUCCCAAGGUAUGUUCUCGUCAUUUAUUUGGCUCAUCUAAGCGCAAACUAGGUCCUGCAAGACUGGAGAGUCCCUCGCCCACCUCUAUCUCCAGUGCCAUCUACUCCGAAACCUUCGAGUCUUCCCUGCACUCUGCUAUCGAGUCUCCGAAGCCACCUUCACUGGUUUAUGCGGGCAUCAGCAAAUCUUGUAGUCCAGUCUCGAUAGGCACAGUUGUAUCCAUCUCGCCUUGCCCGGAGGAGGUCUGUUUGACAGCCGACUACGUCACCUACAAGAACCUGUCUGUAGCAGAUUAUGCUGCCUCUGUACAGAUUAACCGCUCAGAGAAACUGCGCUCUUCACCCCUCGCUUCGAAUGAUUUAUCACCAGUGCCCUCGGUCCAUACAUUCCCUUACGUGGAUUGUACGGCUGCCGUUAGUCCACAGAAGGAUCAUCGGCUCACCCUUCCCGUCACAGACGAGCUUCAACUGCGACGUAUCCAACGUUUGCUUCUUUUGCCUGCGGCAGACGAAGACUCCUAUGCUCUCAGUCUCGAGGCGAAGACACUUUCCCCGAAAGUCACAGUCUUUCAAUGCACCCGCUCUCCUGGCACUCAGAUGGAUUCUAAGUCAGACCUUGCGACUGCGGUUUCCUUGUCCGAGAAGGCGCCAGUACCCUCAGUUACUGUGAGUUCCUUUGAAGUUAUUAGUUAG